UUUUCAAAUGGUGCUCCUUUAGCAAUAUUUUGCAUUCUUCGUUCCUUGAUCGUUCUGGCUAUUGAGGAUAAGCGGGACAUCGGCUGCUGUUUGGUAAUUGAACCUUGGCCUGAAGAACCGUUGAGCACAUGUAGACGAUGGAAGAUGCGGUGAAGCGGUCUGAGAUCAGGCAACGCCUACCGCUCACUUUCGGAAAGUGAAUUGUUCUGAUUUGGACAGCAAAGUGGCCAGCUAAUGAAGUAAUUGAAUAAUAGUGGGCAGAAUUCUAGCUAUGGACCACCUGGCGACUGUCAAGGUUGCUGCUGUAUGCGUAAUUAUACUGGCAGCGCUGCCGUGUGAUAGCAUUGGAGUAUUUCCAGCAGGACAGCGCCUCUCCACGGGAAAACCGGUGCAGACGAACGGAACGUGCUCGGGCCAAGAGUUUUGCAGCCAUAGCUCAGCAGCGUGGAGAAUCAGCGAGCCCUGUUCGCUACUGCAAUGUAACAGCACUUGCCCAGGAGCGACAGGACUGCCCGCUCUGACCAGAGUGGAUCAGUUUCCGCGCACCUCUGUGGCCGCGUCCCAAACGGGCAGCGUCAUCAUAUUCAAUGGUGGAUACUUGAGAUAUGAUUCGUCACAUUCACCAGCAUUUCAUGGCGCUGCAGGAUUCAGCAUGGCGCUCACAUACCUACCUAUAUCAGAUGUGGAUGUCACUCUGUUUAGCAAGGUGCAGCAUUCGGGAUUGAGUAUCUUUGCCGUGAACAUUCUGCUGAGUCAGAUCAGUAGCCAGAGUCGGGUGCAGGUCGUCUAUACACCACAGAACUCCACUGCUCAAACGACCAUGACACUGCAGACUCUUUCGCAGCAGAGAAACGGUCAUUAUCUGAGCAUCAUUGUUUCCUACCUGAAUCAGCAAGUAAACGUUUUUGCCAAUGGAACUCUGCUGGCUGCCGGCAUGUUGGCUGAUCCUGUUCACGACCCGGGCGGUGAUCUAUUCAUUGGAGCCUUGUCAGACGGUACCAGUAUUGCUCGGUUCAAUGGCUUAUUGCGCACCAACAUCCACUACUACCCAGCGGCACUGGAUGAGCGAUCGGCGCAUGAGCUGUACUCUGGCACUCUUGGCCCUGUAGAUCCUCAAAGCGAGUGUCGCUGCUCUCCCCUCUUCCCUCGAGUGGACCCCACUGACACGUCAGUCUGCAUACAUCCCAUCCUGACCUCGCUGGGACGUGCUAGCAGAAUAAACCGUCAGAGCUACCCGGAGAGGAACGUUGUGGAUGGCAAUGCAUCCAGUGCGUGGAUCAGUCAGCUAGGACGGACACAUGUCAAUAUGGAACUCAACCUGCAAAGCUCCUUUGAAAUCCAGAAUGUCAUGGUAUGGUUCCAAGGUCCUGUUCCUCGGUCCGCAGUUCUUGAGAUCUCCACGGACGGCAUAUCCUACAGAGCACUGCAAUACUUCUCCGAUGACUGCACCGCUGACUUUGGACUGGCCAACGAUGAAGAGAGACUACGCGUGUCACAAGUCAACUGCAAAACAGGAUACGAAACAAGUUCACAUGGACAACAAGGUCUAUCCUACUAUGCAGACAGGCACAACAGCACAUCACCCAUCGACACAAUGAAUCCGUUUGCAACAUCCGUCUCACCGUCAACCACCGGGCAACACGUCCGCCUCCGCAUGCUGGGAUUUCAGCCAUCGCUCCGGAACAGAACCGACCAAUACUACUCUAUCUCGGAGUUUGAAGUCACCGGACGAUGUGCGUGUAACGGGCAUGCUGACUUUUGCACCAUCAACUCCAUCACAGGCAUCAACCAGUGUGAAUGUCAGUACAACACAAAGGGUGACGCGUGUGAGAGCUGCCAGGACCUGUUCAAUGCUAAGCCAUGGUUGCCGGGAAACUCCACAUCACCGAAUGCCUGUCUUGCCUGCCAGUGCAACGGCCAUGCAACGUUGUGUUCCUAUAACCGUACACUGGAUUCCGAUCCAAGCAGCAGGGCGCUGGGCGAUGGAGGCCAGUGUAUGUGUCGAGACAACACUGCAAGUGCACAAUGUGAUCAGUGUUCAAGGCACUACUACCGUGAUGUCUCCAAGUCGCUCAACAAUAUCGCUGUAUGUCUGCUGUGCGGGUGUAGCACCUCUGGUGUUAGCGAUGACGGAGAUUGCAUAAAGAGUGGCAUUCAGCUUGGUCAGUGCAACUGUAAGCCCAACAUUGGUGGAUUGAAGUGUGACGUGUGCUCUCAGCAUGCUUACCUGAACACUGCACUUGGCGAGUGUGUGCACUGUAACUGCUCUACGGCAGGUGCGCUGAACGCUAGCUGCGACGACGCUAACGGGCAGUGCUACUGCAGGGCAGGCUUCCAAGAUCAGCUCUGCAAUGGAUGUGACGUGGGACUGACGGGCGUAACCUGUAGCCAGUGCGCCAGUGGAUUCUGGAAUUACAGCGCCACCACCGCAACCUGUCGCCCAUGCUCUUGUUCAACCGCCACCGGUGCCGUUGACGACAUGUGCGAUCCCGUCAGUGGCCGCUGCACGUGCCGGCAGGGAUUCGACUCGGCGGAUUGCUCGGCAUGUGUGGCUGAAGCCGGCACACAUGGACCGUUGUGUAAUGCUUGUUUACCUGGGUUCUACGGGUUCAAUGGCACAUUCUGCCAGCCAUGCCGGUGCAAUGGUGCUGGGUCUACAUCAGCUACCUGUGAUGCGACAACAGGUGCCUGCUCUUGUCUUGCUGCCUUCACCGGUAGAGCCUGUAGGGAAUGUCGUACAGCUCACGGCACGGCCGGUGUCAACUGCACGGCAUGCAGGGAUGGAUUCUUUGCCUACAACGGCUCACACUGUAUGCCUUGUCAGUGCAACUCAGCGGGUUCCAUGCUGGUCGGGUGCGGUGCUGAUGGGUCUUGCACCUGCAAGCUGAAUGUGAUGGGUCAGAAAUGUGACCAGUGCACUGCUGAUAGCUUGGUGUUGGGUGCUGUUAAUCCAGAGGGUUGUGGGAAAGUGAGACCUCCGAUAUACACUGCAGUCUCUCAGACAUCGUUUCGACUUCACUGGUUAGCGCCGAGUGCAACAGGCAUUGUCUCCUACAGUAUAUUUGAGGACCGAGGUGCACACGUGUCUGCGCUGAGAGUACACUUCACUACCAGUGCUGGUGGCGGUGGCCGAUUGAUAAGCGGUCUGGUACCACUGCAGACCAAGAGGUACUUCUUGAGAGCUUGCACGACCCUGCGCUGCGUCAAUAGCAACUCGUCGUCUGUCACAACCCUAUCGGGUGUACCAACACAUCAAGGCAACCCAGCAGUUGCUCUGAGAAACGUCUCCACGCUGAUAAGCUGGCCCGAGGCAAUACUAUCCACUCAAGGCGAUGUGUCCUACCAACUGCAUGUCAUCGAGUCCAGUUUCCAGGCUACGCUUGGCCAGUCGAGAUCACACGGGGCACAGUUCUAUCGGAAUGGUUACGCCAAGGUCAACGUCUCCAUGGCAAGCGACAGUGAACUGCAAGUCAGCAUGACAAUCAGAACAUUCUAUCCUAACUGUUUGCUGUACCUCGCCAUCAACUCGUCGGCUAGCUCCUUCAUGGCGGUCCAUGUUAGGAACCGUCAGGCAUGCAUACUUGUGAGUUCUUUGCAUGGAACUGACAUGCUGUGUGCACCAGCAACUGUGGAUAUAAGUGAUGGCAGCUCACAUGCAAUAGCUACAUCCGUAUCAACACGCCUCGAGAUCGGUAUCGACGGCGCCCCUCGGUCUGUACUUCCCACGCUUACGUCGGCAAUCAGGUUGUCAUUUGCUGAUGUCUACAUCGGCGGAAUACCUACCGAACUACUGGCUCAGUUUUCUCCGACUCCUCAGCUUGUAACACACUCAUUCAUUGGCUGUUUCUCUGAGCUCGAAAUCCAGGGCUCAGUGAUUAGCCUGGCGGACUCCGUGUUGGAAUCAGCAGGCAUGAAUCCUGCUUCGUUCGGCUGCGUUUCCCCACAGCGACGUGGCAUUCACCUGCUAGGAGCACCGUCGGAUGGCUUUGUGGGUAGCUCGCUCAACCCGAUUGCUGCAUCCGGCGUGGAUUUUAACGUGUCUCUCUCGUUCAGGACGCAGUCGCCCAACGGCUUGCUCAUGUACACACAAAGCCUAUUGGGCCCUGCUGACUUUGCUGCUGUGUACAUAGUGAACGGAUCGCUGGUGUUCGCGGUUGACAAUGGUGACGGCAUGCACCGCGUGUCCGUGGCUAACUCAACUUCGCUCUGUGACGGUGCAUGGCACUCGAUUACCUGCACCAAGUCCGACUCGCUGAUCACACUUAGUAUUGACGACACGCAGACAACCUCGACAAUGGUGAUUUCGGCGGACAGUUCAUGCAAUGUAUCCGGAGCACUGUACUUCGGUGGCGCCCCGGCUGAUCUUGCUGUUCACAAUCAAGCAGUUCAGAUCGUUGGAUUCUCCGGAUGCAUCCACGACAUGGCUGUCAACCAGCAGACACUUAACGUAGAUACCAGCGCGUACGCCCAGCUGGAUGGCUGUCCUGUCUCCGGGACCAGCCCACUGCCAUGUCAUCUCAGUGCAGCGGAGGGAUCUAGCUUGAAUCCCAGACUGGUCUACAGUGGCAAGUCCAGGAAAGCACUACUGGCAGCCACAACGUACCCCGCAUCAUCAGACUUGCUGUUCCGGGUAUCAGCCGUGACGAACAGUGGAAUGGCCAGGAGCAACUGGACAGCUCUACAUUUGUCGGAUUCUGUGGCGACUGGACUCGCCUCACCGGCUUUUCGCUUCGCACCAGUGUCACGCUCGGCCUUUGUCACCUUCUCACCUCCUAGCCACGCUAACGGACUGAUUCUGCACUACAGCAUUGCUCUGGUUGCAUCGCCAACGUUCUCCCAGGACUACCUACCCUACCUCCCCAGUCUUGCCCAGUCCCGGGUCGUGGUGGCACUGCAGCGUAACGUGUUCAGUCACGUUGUCACGGACUUGCUCCCGGCACGCCGCUACAGCGUGCACAUCGAGGCGUCCACUGCUGUGGGUACAGCACAGAGCAUGGCAGGGGGCUUCGUAACACCGGAGGCUGCCCCUAGUUCCUUGCGCUCCCCGAGCAUCACCGCAGUAGGUUCUCGUAAUGCUAGUGUGUCGUGGACAUUGCCCGAUCAGCCUAAUGGCAACCUGUCAGCGUUGAUCGUGUGGGUCAACGGACGGGAAGCGCUCCGCUCCAGCAAUCCUCUGAUCUUCGUGUAUCAGCUGAUGCCGCUGGAACCCUAUAUGGUGUACAGUGUACGGGUGGAGUACUGCACGGCCACUGGCUGUGCAAUCAGCGUCAACGACACCGCGUUCACCACUCUGGCAGCUGCACCAGCAGGUGUGGCGCCACCCACGGUCUCGGCGCUGGGGGAUUCAAGCAUUGAGGUGGUGUGGACUGCUCCGACACAGGAAAAUGGCAUCAUAUCAGGAUAUGACAUACUAUCUGGUGAUACACUUCCGUACACUGUUCUCCGUCAAGUGCCUGUGAUCAACAGAAGAGUGGUAAUUGACCAACUCAAGCCAGCCACUUUAUACAUGAUUCGUGUGAGAGCGACGAAUCAAGCCGGCUCCACAGCCAGCAUCGCAGCCUCUGUCACAACGUUGGAGGGAGCUCCGGCGGGGAUUUCCCCUCCUUCUUCGCUGGGCAUCAGGUCACGAAACAUAACACUCGCCUGGCAACCACCUGCUAUUCCGAAUGGAGUCAUCAUCCGAUAUCGGGUCAUUGCAGACGGCAGAGCGGUGCAAACUGUGACAGCAGACAUGCCGCGGAUCGCAACCAUCGACAACUUGACGCCAUACACCAAUUAUUCCUACUCGAUCGAGGCGUGCACAGCUCGCCUGUGUGCAACUGGCAGCGAGUAUACUGUUCGGACACUGGAGGACGUCCCAGCCGGUCUUCAACCUCCGCGCCUGACUGUUUUAUCCAGUACUGCAGUGCAGGCAAGCUGGCAGGAGCCAGUCGACAAGAAUGGACGCAUACGCUACACACUGUUUAUCCACGGACCAACCAGCUAUAGCAAUGGCGUGCCAAUGAAUACAACUCAAGUAAUAUCUGGCAUUGCCGAAAGUGAACAAGUAUAUAACAUCAGCAAUCUUCUGCCGUUCCAACACUAUUCCGCUGUAGUUCAAGCUUCCACUGUGGCAGGAGGCAUCAACAGUAGCCUUAGCCUAGCCAUUAGAACCCUUCAGGAUGCUCCUACAGGUAUUGGCAAUGUCACGCUGAACGUGACGAGCUCAACCAGCCUGCAGGCAUCGUGGACGAACCCGGCACGCAUCAACGGCAUCAUAACACAGUUUGCACUGCUGCUGGAGGACCUGACACGUAGCAGAGCUGUGCCGUCGGUGGUACUCAACUCCAGCAUAUACACGACAACUGUAGCCAGCCUGCUGCCCUACACUAUGUACAGCGUGCAGCUACGUGUCAGCACUGGCGGUGGAGUGGCUAGUGGCUCUAAGGCGACUGCCAGAAUGCUGGAAGAUGUUCCGUCUAGUUUACUUGCUCCCACUUCGACCAAUGUCACAUCUAGAGGGUUUGACUUGCUGUGGCCAGAGCCAGAUUUUCCCAACGGCAGGAUUCUCCGCUAUGAAGUCUUCCUGGACGGUCCACAGGGCGUGCGCCGCUUCACCACUGCACCGCAAGCGCGGGCGUACCGUCUCGACGGCUCCGCUGGAAUAGGACUCUUGCCGUUCACGACAUACUCGGUGUGGCUGUCAGCCUGCACAGCGGUCGGCUGCGGGAGAAGCCCGUCAGUUGCCGUGGCUACAUCGCAGGACUUUGCUUCGGGACUUGAUCCACCCACGCUGCUGAGCGGUAGUGCAACUGGCUUGAACUUUACCUGGAAGGCUCCACGGCAGCCGAACGGAAUAAUCCUCUCCUACACGCUCAGACUCUUGUCUUCAGAUGGAAUUCGAACCGUUUCUACGACGACGAUCAACAUUACACAGACACCCCAGGCUUCUCUCACGGCAGUGUUUGCGCCGCUGACGCCGUCAACACAUUUCAUCGCGGAGCUGGAAGUGAGGAAUCCUGUCGGGCGCUCCCUAGCGCCGCGUGUUACAGCCAACACAACUGAUGGAACUCCGGAGAAUAUAUCUGCUCCUGUACCCACUGCCCUGAAUUCGACAGCAAUCCGUGUGUCUUGGGUGAGGCCGGGCGUGGAGAAUGGCAAAGUCACAUCGUACACAAUCUUCAGGGAUGGUGCUCUGCUGUAUACAUCGGCAGGCACAGGACAUUUCAACGACACUGGCCUGCGUGCGUACUCCACUUACACAUAUGUGUUGAUGGUAUGCUCUCGGUUUUCCUGCGCUAAUAGCUCUGCAGUUGUCGGACGAACAGCUGAGGGCAUUACAACUGGUAUCCUGGCUCCAGCCGUGAAUUUUACAGCCAGAAAGACAGCAAGCAUAACAUGGAGUGCACCAGCAGUAGCCAAUGGAAUAGUGACUGGAUACUCUAUUGCUGUAAGAGAUGCUUCGGCCUGUUGUCCGCGUACGGGUACUACUAUCAACUGUACGGCAUCGGAUAUGUGCCUGGGUCCGGUAAGAGUGGUGGUGAGAACGAACUCUUCAACACUCGCCACUGUGGUCACUGAUGUCACACUGUUGGCAUACACCCAGUAUGCCUUUCAACUAGUGGCCAGCAACGGCGCAGGGGAUGCGAGGGGUGCAUACGUGUUCGCUGUGACGCCACAGGACGUUCCGAGUGGCCUGGAACAGGCCCGUGCAGUAGCGACGGGUGCACGGUUCGUAGCCCUGUCCUGGAGCACACCACAGAUGCCCAACGGUCCAGUGGACUUGUAUCAGAUAUUGCGCAACAACAGCUCACCGAUCAGCCUAUCUGCAUCUACGACGGUGUAUAACGAUACCAGUGUGUUGCGCCCGUUCACGAUAUAUAGCUAUGUAUUGUCUGUGUGCAAUACGGGUAAACUAUGCACUACUGCAUCGCCCUUGGUUGUUAGGACGGCUCAAUCAGUUCCUGAUGGUGUUGUAUCACCAGUGGUGAUGUCUGUUUCCGCAACAUCAGUUUAUAUAACCUGGAGUAGGCCAACACAGCCCAAUGGUCUUAUAACCAUGUACCGGAUCCAGCAGCUCACUCCACGAAUAGCAUCACCCAUUGUACUCAGCGGGGCUGACUCUCUGAAUGCCACCGUGUCAGGCCUGCAAGCCUACACCAGCUACUCCUAUGCACUGGAAGCGUGCACGGUGAUCGGCUGUACAGCUAGUGCCGCCUCAUUACCAGUCAGGACUCUCGAGGCGGCACCACUUCUACAGCCUGCACCGCAGGUUAUCGCGCUAUCGUCCAGUUCUGUUAAUAUCUCAUGGCUACCUCCUAUGCAGGCGAAUGGUAUCAUCACGGCAUACAAGCUGUCCCGGAACGGAUCAGAGAUUGCGCAAUUCCCUCAGAAUACGUCAACCUUUGUCGACAUCCACUUGUCACCCUUCACUGUUUACAGCUAUGUCAUUAAGUCUAUCAACUCAGCUGGUUCAGUGACCAGCACAAUGAUAUCAUCGGUGACUCAUGAAGAUCGGCCCAGACUAGUUCAGUCGCCGAUAAUCCUAGCUAGAAACGCAUCUGCAUUCGAGUUCCGAUUUCCGCUACCCUUACAGCCUAACGGUGUGCUGGCGAACAUCACGCUGUACAUUGAUGGCAUGGCGGUACGCACUGUGAGCGCACUGCCCAGUCCAGUUCUGGCACUGACCGGCUUUGACGCAUUCACAAACUACACGUUCAAUGCGGAGUUCUGCACCGUGGCUGGCUGCUCACUGAGUCAGGCGGUGACGGCACGGACAGCCGAAGCACUUGCCGCUGUGAAUUUCCCGCCUAAUGUGACAGCUCUAAACGCAUCCACUGUCGUUGUUCAGUGGACCAUGCCAAGCGAACCCAAUGGUGUUAUCAAAUGUUACUCUGUGGAGAGGAGGCUGGUUGCCGCUGCAAGCGGUGGAUCAAGUAUUGUUGCAAAGCUUGGACCAAACGUACUCACGUUCCAAGAUUCUCAGCUAAUGUCGUACACUGCUUACGAGUACCGUGUCCAGGUUACUAAUGGUGCUGGUACGUCCGAUGGUCCCUGGCAACAGGUCAGGACGCUAGAAGGCAUUCCAAUGGGAGUCCAAUCUCCUGCAGCCCGGCCGCUACAACGCAGCGUCGGCUUGACGUGGAGUCCACCGCUGCGCCCCAAUGGUGUCGUUAUUCGUUUCGACGUGCUUGUGAGGAACGCCAACACAGCUGAUCUGUUCAAGGUGGCUGUCACUACAACUGGACUGGCCGCACAGGUAGACAGUCUUGAGCCCUACACUGCCUAUAGCUUUAAGCUUGCUGUCACAACUGGAGGUGGGUCGGGCUUGAGCAAUGCUGUCAACAUCACAACCCUAGAGGAUGUUCCAGAACAGCUGGCGAGGAUCACUAUUGCAGGCCGGGAUACAGUCACGGGAAGCUGGCUCAACCUAACAUGGUCGCCGCCCUUGCAACCGAACGGCAUCGUCACGGAGUACCGUGUGCUGGUUGCUACUGGAGCCCUUGAAUACCUCGGCACAGAACUGGGUUUCUUGUUUCGCCGCCUCGACCCCUACACAACCUAUAACCUGUUUCUACGUGUGUGUACUAAAGUGGGGUGCACCGAUGGUGCCCUGCAGCAAUUCACUACACCAGAAAUCAAACCCGAACAUCAGCUGCCACCGAAAGUCACCGUGCUGUCCAGCUACGCGGUGAAUAUUUCCUGGAGUCCGCCGGGCCUUCCGAAUGGUGUUCUGACGUCGUUUACUGUUAUCAGGCAGCGUGGCUCGAAUGGCACUCAGUUAUCUGUAGGGACAUUGGACCCACGGCGGACCGUCUCUCUAGUGUUUGUUGAUAGUGGUCUGGUACCUUUUACUGAGUACCGGUAUGCAGUGCAGAGCGGCAACCGGAUAGGCAAUACUACCAGUGUGUUUAGCUUACCAGUGACAACCCUACCUGCUCCGCCAGUAGGGCUGGCAACACCUCACGUCAUCACUCAGUCCUUGAACUCCGUACAACUCAAGUGGCUAGCACCAACGCAGGCAAAUGGUAUUUUCUCCAGGGUCGAUGUGCUGAGAAACCGCACGGCAAUUACUCAGCUAGCGGUGUCAUCGCAUAACUACCUUGACACUGGCUUGUCCCCAGCGCUUCUGUACUGCUAUCAGAUCCGGUACUGUGUGCACGUUGGUGGCUGCUCGGAUUCCAUUAGUGCAUGCAACCGCACUGCUGAAUCAAUUCCAGCCGGCAUUGCAGUACCAGCAUUGAGUGCUGUCAGUGCGUUCAUCGUCCAGGCUGCCUGGUCUGUACCCACCCUGUCCAAUGGAGUAAUAACGUCGUUUAAUCUGUACAUCACACGGCCCUGUUCCAACGGAUCACAUUGCCUGGCGUAUAGCGGGCUGGAAACCACCAGCAACAUCACAGGUCUGGUUCCAUACACUCGGUACACCUUUGAGCUGGAAGCAUGCACAGUGAUUGGCUGCUCUCCACGCUCACCGCCUGCACAGGUGAGGACACUGCAAUCUUCACCUAGUCAACCUGCACCACCAACUCUAACCGUACUAUCGGCUGACGAGAUCCAGGUUGUGUUCACAGCACCUCUAUCACCCAAUGGAGUUCUCCAGUUCUACGCAAUAUUGCAAAAUGACACUGCUGUAUCCUUCAUUGAUGCAACAACUGUGCACAGUUUGACGUAUGUAGCAUUGGGUCUCCAGCCCGAUACGGUGUACUCGUUUGCAAUACGUGCUGCAGGACUCGCCGGAGUGUCUGAAUCGAACGUUGCUCUCGCCCGUACGUUUCCUGAGCCGCCGACGAACGUGUCUGCUAUCAACGCCACAGCAGAGUCUUCUAGUGCGGUGUUUGUAGAAUGGGAUGAGGCUGGUGAAGCGUUUGCAAAGUCAGUUUACUAUCUUGUGUCAAACACACAGGAUGGGCCGGUGAUCAAUACAACAGCGCUCACAGCACGCUUCACGUCACUACAGCCGUUUACAGAGUACACGCUAGGCCUCAGUACUUGCACCAGGUUUGGCUGUACAGCAAGUGCACCCGUGAAAGUGCGCACGCAGGAAGCCACUCCGGUGGGUCUCUCGCCACCGCUCACUAGCUCUACAACAGGGCGUUCCGUGACGGUGACAUGGUCUGAACCGGCUAGUCCCAACGGAAUUGUAACGCAGUACGAAGUGGAGACACGCUUGCCGGGCAAUGUCACCGUGGUUUCGAUUGCUAUUAUUCUAGCAGCAAUGCCAAGCCAAGCAAGCCACUCGUUUGUAGAUACCAAUGUCAGACCUGUAGCCAACUAUGAAUAUCGCAUUGCAGCGUCGAACAGUGCCGGUACUGUGCGAAGCAAUUGGGCUUCAAUACGCACCCCCGAAAGCAAUCCCGAUGAUGUUCCACCGCCGAAUGUAGGACAGAAAACAAAGUCCAGCAUCGCAGCAAGUCUUCUCUUGCCAGUUAGUCCUAACGGUAUCAUUACCUCAUUUAACCUGUACAUCAAUAGUUCGGGUGCCUCGGUCAGUUUGGAUAACUUGAAUGCGGUUGUGACUAGUUUGUCACCGCACACUGUCUACGGUCUUGUCGCGUCAUUCUGUACAUUGGUCGGCUGCACCAAUAGCACGGCUGUUGCCGUGCAAACCAGCGAAGACCUGCCGAGCGGCCUCAAUCCGCCCGUUGUCACCGACAUCUUGGCCCGCUCCAUGCGAGUAAGCUGGGGUCCUCCGCUUGUACCAAAUGGUGACAUCGCCAGGUAUGCACUGUACAUGACGGGCGUCUGUGAAGGCGAGCCAGGAUUUCCAGAGCGCGUAUGUUCCGCACCAAGGACACUGGCUUACCAGGGGCUCUCAUUGCAACGAGACGUGCUCAACAUCCUACCGUUCACGAGAUAUUUCUACGAGCUGGAAGCCAGUAAUAGUGCUGGUAGCGUGACAAGCUCCAGAAGCCCGCUGCUCAGAACACUGCCAGCAGCUCCCGAGGUGAUUGGCCAGUUGAACGUUGCCCCUAGCAACAGGACCGUCGGCGAGGGUGCAAGUUUCAUCCUUGACUGGUCUGGUGCAUUCCGCUACAACGGCAAUCAGUUUGUCAGAUACGUAUUGAGGGAAAACCAGAUCACUGUGGCAGUGGUCGACACUGCGCUGGAAACCACCUCAGUCGUGACUAACCGGGAAUAUGACCUGAACUACUCUUAUAGUGUGGUUCUCAAGAUGGGCUCUUUCGCAGAGGUACAGACACGGGCGCUCUAUGUCCACAUCCCAGUGCCGACCACACGAUCACCAACUGCUGAGACCGAGCCGGAAGAGGUUUCCAAGCCAACCUACAAGACAACAGGGUUCAUCGUGGGAAUGGCUCUUGUCGGCGUAGUGCUUCUCAUCACCCUGAUCUUCUGUCUGCACCGGCCGUCGAAAGCAACCGCAAGCGAUGGUCGCACGUACUCUCCCAAUCCGCUCAUUCAGCCAGGGUCAGCGUCGCCGAAAAGCUACAAUAACCGCCGGUCAAAGGCAAGGCCUGAAUCGUUCCCAGCAAGUGACUUCUCCACAAUACCCACAUCCAGCCCACCCGGUUCAAAGGACCCUGGUAAUGUUGCUCUCCUGAGAACGAAUGUCAACAUCUACAAUGAAAACGAAGAUGAAUACGAUAGCCCAUGGCAUGAGGUCAGUGGAAAUCACCGGGGACAGGUGAACAGUGUUGCCAUGGAUACAAGUGGGUACGAAGGCCCUCUCCUGAAAGACACCCAGAUAUAGCCACAGAGUACACUGUAGAUGGGCCUACCAGCGGAGCUGCUGGCAUCUUGACGUAAAUCUCUCCUAGACCCACAAAACCGUUACACUUCGUCAAGCUCUUCCAUAAGCAGCUUGUCUCAUUCUUGAGAGCGGCGACAAUCUGAACAUGCUUAUGACCGUUGUGUGGACACUUACAGUGAAGGUGGUGCGCCUUCGUGACUGGUGGAAAUCAUUUCUAUCAGUUUGAUUAGGCUUCUUUCUUUUUCAUUCUUGCAACCCCCGCCCGCUUCAGUUUUAUUCAUGCCUCUCCCUGAGCUUCCUGCACACACUGCAGCGGUGUAAGUCGUUGUUGAAAUGCCGCUUUGUUAGUCACGUGCGUUCCUGUACGAUGUUGAGACCCUUGAACUAUGUACAUGACUGUACAUGCAUAUUAUGACUUGGUGUAAAUUAUUCGCAGUGCUAUCAAAACUAUUUUUGAAGUUAAUAAAAUACCGGACACAAUUA